AUGAGCGCAGAGGAGGGAGAGGCGGGUCCAGCUUGUACGGAGGCGAGGAGGGGAGAGCCGCAGGGAGGCGCCACCACAACCCACCACACCUGGGAGGAAGGCGAACCGCACGGCUCGCAAGGACAUCCGCACCCCGGUGAUGAGGAGGAGGAUGAUGAUGAGGAGGAGGCGAAGGAGGAGGAGGGGGAGGAGGCGGUGGGAGAGGAGGGGAAGGAAGAGGAGGGCGGCGGGGAGGACCGAGGCAGGGACGCAUGUGUGGACGCAUGUGGGGGACGCGCACGGAAAUUCAAUGUGGAGAAUAACGGGGGGGAUUUUUCCAGCGAGGAGGGGGUGGUCGGGGGGAGAUGCUGCAAGGCGCAGGCGAUGCAUUCAAACUGCAGCAGUGAAACCUGCAUCCCCACUCCCAGCUGUCGGAUAUGCUUUCAAGGCGCAGAGCAGGGCGACCUGCUGAACCCGUGUCGGUGUGACGGCUCGGUCCGCUACACACACCAGCACUGCCUGCUGAAGUGGAUCAGCGAGCGAGGCUGCUGGACCUGCGAGCUCUGCUGCUACCGCUUCCACGUCAUCGCCAUCAACAUGAAGAGACCGUGGCAGUGGCAGUCCAUCACCAUCACGCUGGUGGAGAAGGUGCAGAUCAUCGCUGUGUUCCUCGGCUCGCUCUUCCUGCUGGCCAGCAUCUCCUGGCUGCUGUGGUCGGCUCUCAGCCCGCAGGCCGUCUGGCAGCGCCGCGACGUGCUCUUCCAGAUCUGCUACGGCAUGUACGGCUUCAUGGACCUCGUCUGCGUCGGCCUGAUUGUCCACGAGGGGGCGGCGGUGCACAAUGUCUUCAUGCGCUGGCGAGCCGUCAACCUGCACUGGGACGUCCAGAGCUACGACAAGGCGACAGACAUGGAGGAAACGAGCACCGGCCACUCCUCAAUGGCCCCCCGAACGCUGUGGCUGCCCCUGGCCACCCUGGGGCCCGACGGCCCCCUGCACCCCACCCAGCUGGGGUCGCAGCCCUGGUCCUGCCUAUGUUUCCCCCCCUUCUGCCCCGGGCUGCUGCCCCAAAACGGCCUCGGACAGGACCACGACUCAGGAGAGGUCGUCAUCCGCGUGACGUCAGUGUGA